AUGGCGGCUGUCCGGCGCGAGGGACCGAGUCACACUGACAGCCUGGGAGCUGUCAAAAUAGAGCGGUCGGGGUGUCCUGGCAUCUGUGGCCCGCAGGCCGCGACCACAUCAACCCUGUCUUUCUCAAGCUUCCGAAAUUCCUUCACUUCAAAUGUCAAUUACCUGAAAAGAAGCUCAGUGGAGGCGUUGCGCAGAUUCAGCUCGGGCGAUCUGCAAUCCGAGUGUGAUGAGGGCGAAGUGGACCCCUACACUGGCCGCCCGGCCACCACCAGCCAGCCAAAGCCGCAGCCGCAACACCAGCGGCCCGUCUCGCAGGCUACUGGUGGUAGCAUCGGAAGCGCCUCCAGUGUAUCUGCAGGGUCGACAGGGGGCGCGGGGGUGGCGGGACCUGUACCGGCGGGCGGCGACCUAUCCCUCAACCUACGCGGCGGCUCGCGAGGCACUUCGGCACCUUCCUCUCCUGCCAAGUCCCGGGAGUCACUACUGCAGCGCGUGCAGUCCCUUACCGGCGCUGCUAGAGACCAGGGCGCCAACUUGUUAGGCAGUGUAACAUCAGUGGCGUCGGUGGGUCGCGGCUACAACCGUGACCGCUGCGUCACGCUGCUCGUGGUGGAUGACCAGAACACGGACUGGUCCAAGUAUUUCCGCGGGCGCCGGCUGCCUGGCGAGUGGGAUAUACGCGUCGAACAAGCGGAGUUCAAGGAACUAUCGGUGACGGCGAGCUCGGACGGCGCCAACGUGUCUAUGUCCGUUUAUCGCAGUGGCACCAAAGUGACGCGAUGUUUUAAGCCGGACUUUGUACUGGUGCGUCAGAACGUGCGCGAUGCAGGCGCAGACCACCGCGCACUGCUGCUUGGUCUGAAGUUCGGCGGCGUUCCCUCUAUCAAUAGCCUCAACUCUAUAUACCAUUUCCAGGAUCGUCCGUGGGUGUUCGGUCAUCUCCUCCAGCUGCAGCGUCGCCUUGGCAGAGAGAACUUCCCGCUGAUCGAGCAGACCUACUACCAUAACUACAGCGAUAUGGUGACGGCGCCCAAGUUCCCGGUGGUGAUCAAGAUCGGGCACGCGCACAGCGGCGUGGCCAAGGUGAAAGUGGACUCUUUGGCCGACUUCCAGGACAUCGCGGGCGUAGUGGCAAUGCUGGGCACCUACAGCACUGUGGAGCCAUACAUUGACGCCAAAUACGACAUUCACAUACAAAAAAUUGGCACCAACUACAAAGCUUUCAUGCGUAAAUCUAUAUCCGGCAAUUGGAAAACCAAUCAAGGCUCAGCCAUGCUUGAAGCCAUUGGAAUGAACGACAGAUAUAAAAUGUGGAUAGACGAGGUGAGCGAGAUAUUUGGUGGGCUAGAAGUGUGCGCGCUGGAGUUGGUAGUGGGCAAGGAUGGGCGCGAACACAUUAUUGAGCUGAACGACUCCGCCACCUCGUUCAUGGGCGACACUCAGGAGGAAGACCGGCGCCACCUAGCGGAGCUCGUGUUGCAACGCAUGCAGGCGGUAUGUCGUCCGGGUAUAACGAAGACGGCGUCCCGUAGUUCUGUGUCGGGCAGCGGCGCGGCAUCACCCGAAGAGCGUGGACCCGGUGUUGUGCCCGGCGGGCCGCCCAGCGCGCCGCCGCCCGCGCCUCUAGCUAGCGGCGCCAGCAUCGACCGCCCGCUGCCGCCGAUACCCGCAGAGCCCGCACAGCCACCGCCGCCUCCACUUGCACGACGUGACUCGCAAGCAUCUCAAUCAUCUACGGUGUCAUCAGCAUCGGCAGCUCCAAGCACGGCCAGCAGCAGCGCCCAGGGCACAGCUCCCCCAACUUCGGGCUCCGCAGGCGGUCGCGGUGGCUUCGCACGUCAAGGCUCCCUCAGCGCCGCGCUCACUGAGGACGCCGAGGACACCAUGAAGAACCUGAGGAAAACAUUCGCCGGCAUAUUUGGCGACAUGUAAACUGUAUCUAAAUCCUUUUCAUUUUUAAUAGCGAUUAAUUUUAGUUAAAAUUAUAUUAUUUUCUUUUC